AGUAUUGUUAGUGAUGGCGUGUUUAUAAAAGAGUGGAGGACCAUAAGUGCAGUUAUUGCGGCCUGAUAAUGUGGAGGGCACUGUUUUUGGUGGUCUGCGCAGCUAAUAUUCAUGUGGCAAUCUCUGCUGAAUGCGGUCUAAACGAGCGAUUCAUAGCAUGCCCAGAUACUAUGUGCAUCCCACAAUACUGUUCUGAGCGAGGCACGAAGGUACCCUGCCCAAUAUUGGGUCCCGAUGGCGAAUGUCCCGGCAAGCCUAGGUGCAUCUGCAUUGAAGGUUACUUGCGAGACGAUACUAGUGCCAAUGCUAAUGGCACUUGUAUAAAGGAGAAAACAUGCAAGCCACCGUCUACAGCAACGUCUUUAGACGAGAAAACGACCGGGGAGAGACACAGUUGUGGUUGUGGUUACCCACCAAUAUGUCCAAAAGGCGAAGAGUACUACAACUGCACAGGCGGCUGCAUACCGAGAAAAUGCUCCGAGCUCGGGUUCCCCUUGGACUGCAGCAAGUGCACGCCGGGAUGCGUUUGUAAAGAUGGCCUUGUUCGGGCUGAUAAUGGCAGCUGCAUCCCGGUUAAUAAGUGUCCAUCAUGUGGUGGCGAUAAAAAUGCCCAACAAGGAUGCGGCAGUAACUGCAACAAGAUGUGUGCCGACAUCGGCAAGCCACCGAAGCGUUGCCCGCUGGGGUGUAUUUUCAACGGCUGCACCUGCAGGCCAUGCUAUUACUACGACCCUAAUGAAAAGAAAUGCGUGAAACCGGAGGACUGCACGCCAACCUGUUCAGCAAACGAAGAGUAUUCUACUUGUAUCCAAAGCGGCUGUACUGCCAAAAACUGCAGCCAGCUCGGGAAACCGGUGCCCUGUAUCAAAAUAGACCCGAAGUACUGUAUCAAGGGGUGCGUCUGCAAAAAGGGGAUGUUGAGAAACUCGAAAGGAAUUUGUGUGCCUGAAAACCAAUGCGACAACUACCCACCAAAAUGUCCCAAAGGCGAAGAGUACAACAACUGCACAGGGGGCUGUACGCUGAGGAAAUGUUCCGAGUUAGGUUUCCCGUUGGACUGUGACAAGUGCACGCCGGGAUGCGUCUGUAAAGAUGGUCUUGUACGUGCUAGUAAUGGCAGUUGCAUCCCUGCUAAUGAGUGCCCAUCAUGCGGUGGCGAUAAGAACGCUCAACAAGGUUGUGGCAACUGCAACAAGAUGUGUUCUGACAUAGGCAAGCCGCCGGGACCGUGUCCUCUAAGGCCAUGCAGAAUCAACGACUGCACUUGCAAGCCUGGCUUUUAUUACGACCCUGAUAAAAAGAAGUGCGUCAAACCGGAGCAUUGUACUGUAAAAUGCGGUCCAAAUGAGGUGUUCAGCAACUGCCCUAACCCCUGUCCUCCUCGGAAGUGUAAUCUCAAAGACGCGGUGUUCAAAUGCAAGGCGCCACCAAAACCUGGAGACCCAGAGUGCAAGCCAGGGUGCACGUGCGAAAACAACUAUUACAGGAACGCGACGGGUUCGUGUGUGCUCAAGAAGAACUGCGAAAAACCAUUAAAAUGCCCAGACAACGAACACUACGAUCCGUGCCCCAUGACCUGCCCCCCUCAAGAAUGUGGUGUGAACCCGGCUGUGAUCCUGUGUCUGCCUAACCCUGAGUACGGUGACCCUAACUGCAAACCGGGCUGCGUCUGCCGGGACGGAGAAUUGAGGAACGAUGCUAGAAAAUGUGUUCCUAAGGAAUGUUGUUAGAAUUAGAGAAGUAGGUAUGGAAAAAAAACGUAAAAUAAAACGAAAUUGUAAUGAAAUAAAGUUCAACAUCGGUAUGUAAA